CCGACAUCCAUCUAAAAAGCUAAUAUUCUAUGGCGAAACGGAAAAGGGGGAUCAAAUAUGCAUCAAAUUCACUCGGAGGUACUCAAGUGAAACACACCAGUAUUGUGCUUCGUUAAGGGCCGCACCGGUUCUACAUGCUUGUCAAAUGAUUAUUGGCGGAUGGUAUUUAGUAGUUAUGGAUGCAAUCAAUCGUAAUGAACAUAGAGUAUACUCAGAACGGCACGUGGACAAUUUUCCAUCCACUGUUGGACUUGGUCGCAAGAUUAGAGAGGUUGUCACUCAACUUCACAACCGAAAUAUGGUUCACGGCGACCUACGAGAUACAAACAUCAUUGUGGCGAACGACGGCAGCUUUAUGUUAAUUGACUUUGAUUGGUCGGGGAUAGAGGGACAAGUGCGCUAUCCACCACUUGUCAACCGUGUUGAUAUCCAGCGACCAGAUAACGUACUAGAUGGAAACCUCAUCAUGCGGCAAGACGAUGUCUAUAUGCUCGAUAGGUUGUUUCCAUUACCAGCAGUGGAUGCAAUGGACACGAUGGAAACGCCUGAUUGA